AUGGAUAUAAUUUGCUUAAUGACUGAAUUGAUCUUCCGUUUUCACCAAAUUCUUGCCACAGAUCUAGAAACAUUUAGUCGGCAUGCAAAACGUUCAACAGUAACUGUGGAUGAUGUCUUUUGUUUCGUCCGAAGAAAUCCUCAACUGUUACAACAUUUAACGGAUUACCACAAAAAUCAGAUUAGGAAUAGUAAACAAGAAUCUGAUUUGUCAAGCGAAACUUUCAAAACAAAACCAAAGCUUAAAGCUGCUAAGAAAAAAUCUAACUUAAAUAAGAUUGGCUUUAAUGAAACCAAUAAACCGGACGAAGCAGUGCAAACUUUAUAA